AUGGGAAUACCAGAAUGUGAGGAGAUAUACAUUGGAGGAGAUUUUAAUGGACAUGUGGGAAGAAUGAAUGACGGAUAUGAAAGAGUGCAUGGGGGCCGUGGUUACGGAGUCAGAAAUCAAGAGGGUGAAGCUCUACUGGAAGCAGCCUUAGCCUUUGACUUAGCCAUAAUGAACACCUACUAUCAAAAGAAAGAACAACACCUUAUCACAUACCGUAGUGGUCAACACUCUACCCAAAUUGAUUACUUUCUCCUGAGAAGGAGUAAAAUACAUUUGGCUAAGGACUGCAAAGUAGUACCCAGUGAGAGCCUAGUUUCCCAGCAUAGGUUACUGAUUCUAGACUUAAAUCUUAAAGUACAACGUUUGCAAAAGAACUCGAAGCCCCCACCUAGAACGAAAUGGUAUAGAUUGAGUGACAGGGAGUUAGCUGAAGAAUUUAGAAAAAGAAUAGUCGAUAAGAUGGUAGGAAUGGGUGAUAUGGCAGAGAUGAGAGUGAAUGAUUGCUGGAAUGAAAUGGCAGUAUGUGUAAGAAGUAUGGCGAGGGAUGUUUUUGGGGAAACAACAGGGAAAGGCAAGAUUGAUAGGGAUACAUGGUGGUGGAAUGAAGAUGUGCGAAUGAUUCUGAAAGAAAAGAAGAAUGCUUUUAAAGAAUGGAAAAGUGUGGAAGAGGGUAACGAUAGAGAGAAAGAAAUCAAGAGGUCAGCUUAUCUAACAAGUAAGAAGAAGGCUAAAAAAGCAGUUGCAAUAGCAAGGGCCAAGAUACAAGAUAAAUUGUACGAUUUUCUUGAGAGCCCACAAGGCCAAAAAGACCUUUACAGAAUAGCAGGAGAGAGAGAGAGGAAUGCAAGAGAUAUAAAUCAUAUGAAAUGUAUGAGAGACGAAGCAGUAAAGAUUUUGACGGAUAACAAGAACAUACAAGAACGCUGGAAGAACUACUUCAGUAAACUAAUGAACGAAGAGAAUGAUUGGAGUGGAGUGCUAGAAAAUGCUAGAAAUAACAUUGGUAUGGUGAAAGAGAUCACUAUAGAAGAAGUAAAAAUGGCAGUGCAAGGUAUGAAGAAUGGGAAAGCGGUUGGGCCAGAUGGUAUACCUGUGGAAGUAUGGAAGUUUCUGAAAGCGGAUGGAUGGAAAUGGCUGACUUUAUUCUUUAAUAAGUUGUUGCAAGAAGAGGCAAUCCCUGAGGAAUGGUGCAACAGUUCACUGGAGCCCGUUUUUAAGAAUAAGGGUGAUGUACAGGAUUGCAACAACUAUCGAGGAAUAAAGCUCAUGUCACAUAGUAUGAAGAUAUGGGAAAAAGUGUUAGCGAGACGAAUGAGAGAAGAAAGUGAGGUAACACAGAACCAAUUUGGGUUUAUGCCGGGACGGGGAGCUACGGAGCUAUUUGCACUUCGCCAACUAUGCGAUGCGAAAAAUACAGACUUGCGCAAAAGAACUUGCACAUGGUGUUCGUGGACCUGGAAAAGGCAUACGAUAGAGUCCCCCGUAAGGUUCUGUGGUGGUCUAUGA